AUGGGUCUCUUCAUCCCCCACGACAAGCUCAAGAAUUUGAAGCUCUACAAAUAUUCCUCGGAAGACCAUUCGCUUGUGUCCAAGUAUGUUCUCAAGAGAUGGUGGAACUUCUUCGUUACCAUCUUCCCAAUGAACAUGGCCCCUAAUGUGAUCACCUUACUGGGAUUGGGAUUCGUGUUGGCCAAUCUUGCCACCGUGGCUUACUAUGAUCCGCUCUUGAACCAGGAUUCUCCUCGCUGGUGUUACUUUUUCUAUGCGUUUGGUCUUUUCAUGUACCAAACCUUCGAUGGCUGUGACGGCUGCCAUGCUCGUAGAACAGGCCAAAGUGGACCGUUGGGCGAAUUGUUCGACCACUCAAUUGAUGCCAUUAACACAUCGUUGGCCGCAAUUAUUUUGGGUUCUGUGUUCCAGUUGGGAUGGGGCUGGUUGCUUAUGAUCUCUCAGCUUGCAGCUGUAUGUAACUUCUACACGUCCACCUGGGAAGAGUACCACACACACACAUUGUACUUGUCUGUAUUUAGUGGACCUGUGGAAGGUAUCUUGAUUAUGUGCGGAGUCUACAUCUUGACCGGUAUCUUUGGUCCUGCUAUUUGGAAGACUCCUCUCUUUACUCUCAACCUCACCUCUAUUGGCCAUGGCUUUGUUGACGUUAAUGGUGUACAAUUGUCGGCAUUGGCUGGUUUGAGUCAAUUGUACUUCAACAUUUCGCUGGCCCAAGCCAACGUGGCUAAGCACUACAAGAAAGACACCACGCACACACCCAAGGAAACCGAGGAGCUCAUUCAUAAGGCAAAUUUGGGCUUGCUUCCCUUCUUUGCUAAUUACGCUUCGUACGGUAUUCUUGUAUACUGCUUCCCAGAAGUGAUUCACCAAUUCGGUUUUCCACUCAUGAUCACUAUCGGUCUCAGUAUAGCCUUCUGUGUUGGGCGUAUUAUCCUCGCUCAUUUGACCUUACAAGAGUUCCCAUUUUUCCAGGCAACUACACUUGUUCCCAUUUUGCAAGUUGCCUUUGCUAAGUUGUUCAUUGACUUCUAUGGCUACAACAAAACAAACACUCUUUCCGCUUUGAUGUGGCUCGGCGCCGGUGUCAAUUUGGGGAUCCACGGUAUGUUUGUUGCCGAGAUCAUCUUGGAGAUCACCACCUACUUAGAUAUUUACACGCUUUUCAUUAAGCACAAAAAGGCUUGA